AUGAAGAUCUUUGGAGGUGUCCUUCUGCUCUGUGCAGUUACCCAUUUCUGCAGCAGCUCAGAAGGACUUUGUCUUGUGUCUGACCAGAUGGACUGCAGCAUUUACAAAAAGUACCCAGUGGUAGCCAUCCCUUGCCCCAUCACAUACCUGCCAGUUUGUGGAACUAACUACAUCACCUACGGGAAUUCCUGCUUGCUGUGUGCUGAGAUCUUGAAAAGUGGUGGAAAAGUUCAGUUGCUUCAUGAAGGACAAUGCUAA